GGCGCGCGCAGCGGCCCGAGGCGGUGCAGCCAGGUUGGAGGCGUCUGAGGCUCCUCAGACCCCGAACUGCGGGCUGGGAGGAGGUGAGAUCCACUGGCCGAGCUCUGAGCAUCUUCCUGGAUCGCAGAGGCUUCGACCCCCCGCGCCAGGCCUCUCGCCUUAGCCCCGCGGCCCCGGGAUGCAGCCCCAGGACAGCAGCAUCCAGUAUCGCAGGUGGGAGGAUGAAGUCCGUGUGGCCAGCGGGCCCGGCGCAGAGGAGGCCCCGGGCUGGAAGAGGGUCUCCCGGAAGCUGUGCUCGGGCAAGCUGGGCAUCUCCUUGAAGGUGCUGGGUGGAGUGGUCCUCUUCUGGGCCGUAUUCAUCCUGGGCUAUGUCACCGGCUACUACGUGCACAAGUGCAAAUAAAUGCUGCCCAGCGCAUGUGCCGGGGGCACGGGCUUGGAGGGACACCCCGCGUGCGAGAACCCCUCUGUGUACACAGACCCACCUGUCUAUAUGGACCUCGGUGUACACAGCCUCCCGUGUGCACAGAUCCCCCUCUCUACACACACCUCCCUCUGUACACACAGCCCCCUACUAUGUACCCAGACACUCCCCCCGCCCCACGCACAGACUCCAGGGGCACACAGCGUGCAUGUACGGCCUCAGGCUCAUGCAGAUACCCGUGUGCACAGCUGUCACGGGCACCCACAGGCGUACAGCCAACCAGGGACACGGACACACUCGGACACACAUGCCUGGCGCACACAGCCACCCAGGGGCCCACGUGGCUGGGAGACCAGGCCU